UAUCUUGUGGGUUUUCUCAAUUGACUUUUUAUGGUUUUAGCCCAUUUUUGUUUUAAACUUUACCAUGAAGAUCAAAGCUUUUAGAGCAGAGAUUCAUGAUAAAAAUUCUCAGAUGAGGAAACCAGUCCAGUUGAAAUAGAAAAUAAUUUUCCUUAUCCUCAGAGUUGUCUGGGUUUAUGGGAAGUCUCCUCCUUCUGUGGCUGCUGGUUAUCCUGCAAAAACAGGAACCAAAUUUUCUUAUCAUUUGAUGUUCCCACUGUUUAUGCAAAAUACAGAAUAAAUAUUUGUGUGAUCCUUUUACCAAGAUCUGCUUCCCAAAACAGAACGAAUAUUUUCUUCAAAAGAUCUGCUUAUGAUCGCCUGAUACUCUGACAUUUAAUCCUGUAAAUUAUCCAUCAACACAUCUGACAGGUUCUCCUUGAUGUAUGUCCAACAAGACAUAAUACCCAUCAUAAUUUCUCUACAGCUUCUUCUCCUUUGACCAUUGUCAGUGGCAAAAUUGACUGUAACAGUCAAUUACAUGAUAUAGCAAAUGUCUUCUCAUCAAAUCUGAAGAUCCUGCUCCAAUUGUUUCAGAAAGGAACUUCCUUUCUAAAAGAAGAGAUUAUUGGAGCAUUGUAAAAGUCUCUUGACGAAUUUCAGCCUGGCAAACAUGAAUGCUACAGAAGAGUAUUUGGACUCUAAUACUACCAAAGGUUUCGGCGAAUACCAAAUUAGGCCCAGCUAUUAUGAAAAAAUCAUUUUCUCAGUCGUAUUCCUCAUCUGCUGUAUUGGAGUCCCCUUAAACGGAAUUGUUAUCUGGUUUCUUGGCUUCCAAAUUAAGAGAAACCCUUUCACCAUAUUGAUUCUUAAUUUAGCUAUUGCCGACUUUGGAUUUCUCAUAUCAAUGACUCUAAAUUGCAUUCGACAUUUUAUACAUGGUACAAAGCCAGGAAUUUUCUGGAAAAUCCUUUCUCCUUUCUUCAUUAUUACCUAUAUCAACGGUCUAUUUCUUCUGACGGCCAUCAGCAUUGACCGAUGUGUGGCUGUCCUCUUCCCAAUCUGGCAUCACUGUUCCCGGCCAAAAUAUUUGUCCUCUGCUGUCUGUGUUUCCCUCUGGAUCUUUUCUUUUCUCCUUGGAAUAAAUAACAUUAUAUCAUGUUUGUUUUCAUAUAACGCCACCUGGGAUCUCCAUUUGAUUGUGACUGCUGUGCUUUGCCUUCCACUGAUCACAAUUUCUACCGUGAUCCUGAUCAUCAAAAUAUGUCUUAAAGCCGAACAGAUCAAACGUAGAAGACUCUUAAUGAUGAUCUUAAUUACUCUUCUCUGUUUCCUUAUUCUUUCUCUUCCUUUAUAUAUCUACGUGUUCAUUACUCUUUUUCCUAACAAGAAUGAUUUGUUUGAUGUUAAUGGACUGGUUUGCUACUUAGAUCUGGGUGCUUCCCUAAACAGCAGCAUUAACCCGGUGAUCUAUUUCCUGGUUGGGAAAAAGAAACGAGCUCGGACCAGGGAGAGCAUCAAAGUCAUUUUUCAAAGAGUCUUCAGAGAAGAGGAAGCUCCUGAGAUCUGAUAAAAGCGUAUCAAGACAAUUUCAAACCCUCUGUAAAUGCAAUAUUUUAUCUUUUCUUUAGAGCUGGAUACCUUUUAUGCAUACAAAACUGUAUUUAUUAUUUUUUUGCUGCAGAA